AUGAAUCGACUGUCGUCCUUGCUGCUCUGCACUGUGCUCCUGCAGCAGAUAAUGUCCUCAGGGGCUUUGACUUGCUACUACUGCCAAUUUGACCGCAGAGAGAGAGGCUGCAGCAAUUUGCAGACCCAGUGUGUACACGGGGGGGCCUGCUUCGCAGGGUCCGGGCUAUACGGCGGGCUGGAAGUCCUGAAGGGAAAAGGCUGUGUGGACAAGGAGCUGUGCAAUGACCUGGGCUCCACUGACUUCAGGGGAGUCACCUACACGGUGAAGUACGACUGCUGCAGACAUGACCUGUGCAACAGCCGCAGUGAGCUCUCCGCUCGCCCGGCCCGCGGCACUCUGCUGAUGGCUGUCGGGGUCGUUCUCUUCUGGUUCAGAACUUAA